GGCGUCAUCGGUAGUCACACCACCACGAAAGCAACGGGAGCCAGGAUUGGUCAGUGAGUGAGUCGUGAUCAGGUAGCUAGUAGUAACCAGAAGAAGAUCGUCGGCAUGGCCAGGUCGUCGUCAGCUCUGCUCCUCGCGCUGCUCGUGUCCGCGGCGUGCCUCGCGCAGCUGGGCUCCGCGACGCGCCCCGUCCCGGGCCAGCAGGCGGUGGCGGCCUCGGCGGCGGCGGAGGACGUGAAGCGCCCCGACACGGUGCAGGAGGGGACGGUGCUGAUCCCGGGGAUCGGGCGCUACGAGCUCGGCAGCCACUACAUCCCGGACAUCGGCGGGCUCGACCACAGCAUCCCCGCCGCCGCCAACGGGCAGUACCUCCCCGGCGCCGACGACACCUGGGUGCCGAACCCCGGCUUCGAGAUCCCCAACCCCUUCCGCCCAGGUGCCGCCACUCCCUGAACGCCCGAGACGCGCGCGCCGGCGCCGGUGGUGCUCGGUCCGUCGUCGUCUCGGCCGGCCACGCCACCAUCCAGAAUAAUCCUCUACUGCUACGUAUAUAGCUAGCGCUAGCCGUGCUUUGCUUCCCUGCAUGCACGCGUGUCUUUGUGUGGUCCGUCCCACGUCGUGUCUCUUGCCGUCUUGUGAGCAGUUUGUGCUCUGGUGAAGUGUGCACGCGCGAUGCGUAGGAAGAAGCGUCAGAUCUUGGCCGAGAUGGUUUGUUAUUAGCACGCAGCUUGUUUCUCCGUCACUAUUAUUCGAAUAAAAUUUGCUCGAUAUAGUUAUUUUAUUUGUC